AUGAGCAUGGCUGUGAAGAAUUCUACGGAUGAAUACCACCAUCUCACAUCGGAUGUUAUGUAUACAGAAUGUAAUAUACCAGGUCCAGGAAUAGAUAUUGAGGAAUUUGAGUCGGAAUUUACGAUGGGUUGUGAAUGCCAAACAGAGUGUUUGACAAAUCAGUGUGUCUGCACUCGUAAAAAUCAAAAUUACAUCGGCGACUGUCUCCUCGAUGAUAAAUCGGGACCGAUAGUGGAGUGCAAUUUUAAUUGCACCUGCCGAGAAAAUUGUGGGAAUAAAUUAGUACAAAAGGGCCCAUUAAAUUGCCUCUCGAUUGUUCAAUCGGAAGGAAGAGGACUUGGACUUUCCACAAGUGGGUUCAUAAGAAAAGGCCAAUUUAUCUGCGAGUAUGCGGGUGAAGUUAUUGGAAUUGCCGAGGCUAGGCGAAGGUUUGAAGAGAAUAGAAAAAGUAUGAACUAUGUUAUCGUCAUUUCCGAAUACGUCGGGGAAGAAAUGGUUACGACUUGUAUAGAUCCAAAAUAUUUUGGAAAUAUCGGCAGAUAUUGUAAUCACAGUUGUGAACCGAAUGCAAACCUUGUGCCUAUUCGGGUUGAAAAAGCCUCACCGCGACUGUGUUUAUUUGCAAGAAGGGACAUCGAAACUGGAGAGGAAAUAACUUUCCAUUACGCGGAAGGGGUUGAUACCUCCGUCCAAAAUCUCAGCGAAACAACUUGCCUCUGUGGCUCCAGUACUUGCCUCCGCUAUUUGCCCCAUCAUUCUGUUUAGAAAUUACCACAGGGUUGUUUCAUAAGUCAGAUAUUUCCCAGCUGUUUCUCAUUUUUAUUUCUAGCAGAAAUCGAAAACUUUUUAUUUUAAAUUACAAAGACUCCUUUUAUAAGCUAGUACCUAUUUUGCCUACUUUUUUGUCUUAUAUGAAACACUACCUUAUCAACCCUGUGGCAGAUAUAGGCGAGUUCCUAAAUUAUAUUCUUCCGAAUUAGCAUUCGUCAUAAUUGUUCUAUUUUCAAAACCCUGUUUUACAUCAUUUGUAUUAUGCCGAGUUAAUUCUUGAUAUUUAUUUUAUCCAGUUUCUGUUCAGCAUAACUUUUAUUUUACCAAAUAACCAUUUGCCAUAAUUUUUAUUCUUCCGAAUCAACAUUUAACAGAUAUAAGUUUUCAUAAAAAUGACGACGGUAUAAAAAUAGCUGCUUAGGGGAUUAUUUAGAAUUCUCACAUUAUUAAAUUAAUUAUUUUGGAGUCAGAUAUGGUUCAUUGCAUCUAAGAAGCCAUAAGCAAAGAAGAAGACGAUUCGGAAGAAUAAAAAUGAUUCGGUAAAAUAAAAAUUAUGCAAAAUAGUGAUCCAGUCACUCGAUUUUUGGUAUAAUGAAUACUAGAGAAAGUAGCAUUUUUGUAACAUUCGUGCGCCUCACGAGGAAUGUACAAUGCAAAUGCUAAUUAUUAAUUUGUAAAUAUUGCAAAUCAUUGUGUUCUUAAACUUAGUAUAUUGAUCUAUCAUUACACCGUAGUAUCUUCAAACUUAACUCAGUUUAUGUAUUUUUUACAUUCACUUUUAAUUUUGGUGGGCCAAACCGGCUUAAGUGAAAUAAAUAAAACUGCAAAUUUAUAGAUAGUAACUAUUUUCCACUGUUUUGACGACAGAGUUACAGAAUCAUUUGCGAGAAGUAUAUAUUUACGAAUGCUUUAUAAUUACUGAAACUUGUGUUUUUAUUUCAUAAAGAAUAGAAACGAAAUUGUAAAGCAACGAAUAUUUUCAGGGAAAGCGCUGCUUCUAAUAAGAAAUUGCGAGCAUUAUUUAGAUAAUUUAGCAUAAACAUCACCUACUGUAAUCACUUUUAAUCUCAAGACGAAUUUAAACUGACUGCCAAGUGGCACAUGGCGGAUUACUCGUUACUUAUAGAGGAUUACUUGUAUUUUUACGAGUUGGAAAUAAGUGGAUAGUGAGAGGCCAAACCACUUUAAAAAGCAGUCUUCUCAGUGUAAAUGUAAAGUGUUUUGCAAUAUAAACACUAGGAUAUAGUAUAGAUACUAUCGAGAAGACAUUUGUUAAAAGAUUAGGCUGAACUUCUGAAAAGUCGAGCUUAAUCGGAAAACUUCGAUAGAUGCUUUUCGGAACUUAGGUCAGAUUAUUAUUGUGAAUAGUCUGCACAGUGUUAAGGAAAAAGGAAAAGAGGUAUCAUUAUAUUUAGAAUUGUUAUGUCGGAGUUAUCAAUAAUGAACACAAUAUUUAAA